AUGCAAGUCAGGAGAUGUUUGGAGAUCCAUUCUUGGAGACAGCCUCAGUUGAUUGAGACCCUCCAUCAUCUAAGCGUCGAACCUGAGCAGUUCGACCAUUAUGUGGAGGAUGGUUUCGUCGUCGUUAAAAAUGGCUUCAUGGACGAGGAAGCUGCAUAUGACGUCUCCCAGCAACAAGACCACUUGGGACGGAGAGAUUAUAUAUAUGCCAUGGUGCAAGAGAACGUCUCAACCUUCGCGCCUAAGGUAGAAAGUAAGUUGCUGUCAGACAUGCUCUCUUCCCCAACACCGGAUCGACAGUACUUCCCCGGAAUGUCCUAUGACGAGCACAAGCGCCUCCCGGGUCAUGUGCUUAAGUUUCGUUGCCAAGAACGUGAGGGACCGUCUAACCUGGCAAAGAUAAGGUCCGCUGGAGGUUGUAGAUGUCCCUCAGAGAAGGGUUCUACUCGAUUUGUCCAUGGUAUGAGCCAGGCUGGUCUCGAGCCUAAGGGGCGUAGAAAAAGGGAGUUGCUAACUAUUCAAGUAACCAAUUUAGACCGAUAA